AUGGACGAUCUUGAUGAUGAACUCGAUCUCCGCUAUCACCGCGGUUUGAAGCCCGACGUCUAUUACCGCUGCCCAUCCUCGGAGUCCUUGGAUGGCGCUCUACGUAACGAGUUCGAGAAGAACGCAGCUAGUCUUAUUCCUGUGGACAUUGUUACCGAGUUUGUCUUCGGAAAAGCAUCCACAAUAACAGUGCCUGUGACGCAGCAGCCACGUCUUGAUACCCUGUUCGAACCGGCCGACUAUCCCCAAAGCAUCACUGUCGAACAUGCUCUCUGCCAUGGAAUUGAGGGCAAGGAGAGGCUCAAAUUACAAAGGGCCAUUGCUCGUUGCUUCAUCGAGUCAAUCCAGAUAAUCGACGGAUUCAAAUACACCGAGCGUCAAGCCUGGAACAAAGACGGGGCCGACGGUGUCAGGUUUAAAUAUGUCUGCCUGGACAGUCUCCAGAAUCGCGACCGGAAGAGCAAUGGAAAGAAAAAGAAUAACAAUCCAGAAGACGCUGAUAGCGGCAACAACCAGGAGAUGACAAAUGGAUCGAGGCUACCGAUGUACGACUGUGGCGGUGCGGUACACGUAAGAUUCUCGACCAAGCGUGAGGCUGUCAAUGUGAUGUACGUCCACAACCCGAUACAUCGAGAUGUCGAGAGUCGUCCAGCAAACCACGAUAGCGCCAAGCUAAAGAAACGAAAGAAGAGCAAAAUUGAUCAUCAUGUGGAGGUGGACUCUGUGUUUCACGGUCCGGAUUCUGGCAUUUCUGCAUCUCCCGAAGUCUCCAAAGUCUCUGCGAAAAAGAAACGUAAAAAAGAAGCAGCUCAAUCGGAAGCAAGCGGAUCUACUACGAAAAAGAAAAUGAAGUCAAAGCAAGCGAAGUCACCCUCAAAAGCGCGCCAAAAGGCGCCGGUGGGAGACUUAAUCUCGGAGCCUGUGCAGCCCGUUAAAGGCAAAUGCCUUCGUUGCCGCGAGAAAGCUCUGCCCUCCGAUCAACCAUCAAAACGAGCAACCAUCAGCUGGGACGAUGCAUACGCGAAGGCCACGACAGCUCUUGCCAAGCUCUCCCUGAGUGACAAGGUCGGAAUAGUCAGCGGCACCGGUUGGCAAGCUGGUAAUUGUGUUGGAAACACAAAAGCAGCUGGCUCGAUCGGAUACCCAUCACUCUGUCUGCAAGAUGGCCCUCUCGGGGUCCGUUACAUCAAUGGCGCCACCUCCUUCGCAGCCGGUAUCCAUGCAGCAUCAACCUGGGACGUCGAUCUGAUUCGCGAACGCGGAACCUUCCUCGGACAAGAGGCAAAACAGCUCGGUAUCCAUGUACAGCUUGGUCCUGUUGCUGGACCGAUGGGCAAGAUUCCAACGGGUGGACGAAAUUGGGAAGGCUUCGGUGCUGAUCCCUAUCUUGUUGGAAUUGCAAUGAGAGAGACGAUUCAGGGAAUGCAGGAGGCUGGCGUACAAGCUUGCGCAAAACACUACAUUGGCAAUGAGCAGGAGAGAAACCGUGAGACCAUGAGCAGCGCGAUUCCAGACAGGGUCAUGCAUGAACUCUAUCUGUGGCCCUUCGCAGACUCGGUGCAGGCUGGGGUGGCCAGCGUAAUGUGCUCCUACAAUAAGAUUAAUGGCACGUACGCCUGCGAGAACGGAGGAAUCAUGAAUAAGCUGCUGAAGGACGAGCUUGGUUUCAAGGGUUAUGUCAUGUCAGAUUGGAACGCCCAACACACGACGGCCGGCAGCGCCAACGGAGGCUUGGAUAUGACCAUGCCCGGAAGUGACUUCAACAAAGGCAACGUCCUCUGGGGCCCAGCACUCCAAUCUGCAGUAUCAGGUGGCCAAGUUCAGCAAUCACGGGUUGAUGACAUGGUCAAGCGCAUCCUAGCAGCGUGGUACAAAGUUGGACAGGACAAAGGAUAUCCUACUGCGACAUUCAACUCAUGGAAGAUCGGAAAUUACAACGUCGGUGGCAACCACAAGGAUAAUGUUCGGAAAAUGGCGCGUGAUGGCAUCGUCCUGUUGAAGAACACGGACAAUGCGUUGCCGUUGAAGAAGCCUAAGAGCAUCGCUGUGAUCGGCAGCGACUCGAUUGUAGCGCCGAAGGGUGCGAACGCAUGUGCCGACCGUGGAUGCAAUGACGGUACUCUUGCCGUAGGAUGGGGAAGUGGAGCCAUAGAAUUUCCUUACCUCAUCGCACCCCUAGAUGCUAUCAAAACACAAGCUCAGCAAGAUGGUACCACUAUCACCACGUCGACGACCGACAAUGCACAGCAAGGCGCUUCGGCUGCUCAGAACGCUGAGGUGGCCAUUGUGCACAUCAAUUCCGACUCUGGAGAAGGGUACAUUACCGUUGAAGGCAAUGUUGGCGACAGGAAAGACCUCAACCCGUGGCACAACGGCAACGACCUCGUCAAAGCUGUUGCAGCUGUCAAUAAGAAGACUAUCGUUGUUAUUCACAGCGUUGGACCCCUAAUCCUCGAGCCGUACAUCGACACCCCGAACGUUGUGGCUGUGGUGUGGGCUGGACUGCCAGGUCAAGAGUCAGGUAACGGCCUGGUCGACAUUCUCUAUGGCGCCGCAUCCCCUAGUGGCAAGUUGCCUUACACAAUUGCAAAGCAGCCUUCGGACUACGGUACUGCUGUAACGAGCGGUGACGAUGCGUCAUGGGAUCUGUUCAUCGACUACCGCAGGUUUGACAAGAACAACAUCACGCCGCGUUUCGAGUUUGGCUUCGGUCUCUCAUAUACGAAUUUCACUUACGACGCCCUCGCCAUCACUGGCGCCCCCACCGCCGGCCCCGCCACGGGCACCAAAGCCCCUGGCGGCCCAGCCGACCUCUUCGAGACCGUUGCAACCGUCACCGCAAAGAUCACCAAUAGUGGAGGAGUAGCCGGCGCGGAGGUGCCGCAGCUUUACAUCGGAUAUCCCGCAAACGCGGGCGCACCGCCGAAGCAGCUCAGAGGGUUCAACAAGAUCAACCUGGCUGUUGGAGCGAGCGGCGCGGCGACUUUCAAGCUCAGGAGGAGAGAUCUGAGUGUGUGGGAUGGAGGACAGUGGGUGGUGCCGACGGGUGAGUUUGGGGUGUUUGUGGGGAGUAGUUCGAGGGAUGUUAGGUUAACGGGGAAGAUUACUACUUAG